AUGGCCGUCCCCUUGAGUUUUGCUGCUACAUCUUCCUCGCCCGGCCCGCCGCCGCUCCCUCCACCGCAGACCCUGACCCUCCUCUCGCAGCCGCCGCCGCCGCCCCUAGGCCAAGCGGGGGCCCAGCUCAAGAAGAAGAGCGGCUUCCAGAUCACCAGCGUGACCCCGGCCCAGAUUUCCGCCAGCCUGAGCUCCAACAACAGCAUCGCCGAGGACACGGAGAGCUACGACGACCUGGACGAGUCGCACACCGAGGACUUCUCCUCCUCCGAGAUCUUGGACGUCUCCCUGUCCAGGGCCACCGACUUGGGGGAGCCCGAGCGGAGCUCCUCGGAGGAGACGCUGAAUAACUUCCAUGAGGUGGAGAGUCCCGGCGCCGUCUCCCCCAACCAGCCUCGCCUCCCUCAGCCGAGAGCCCUGACCAAUGGGAGCAUCCACCCUCCUCACGGACACCACUAUGCCCACCCCCCACAUGGGCACCCCCAGGCCUCCUCCCACUCAGGGGCUGGGGGGCCACCGAUUUCGGGGGGUUCUCCAUCCAGCCCUUCCUUCCGAAGACUGCCCGUCCCUGGAAGUUUGGAGAGCGCGGGGCCCGGUUCUGCAGCAGCGUCCUCCAUUGGCACCCUCGCAGCUGCCACGGUGGCUCACUUCCGCACUGGUGGUGCCCCUGGGGUCGCUUCUGCUGGUGGAGCCGGUGCCGGCAGCAUGGCCGGUGGGGCAAGUGGCAGAGCACACCAGGUUAGCAAGAACCUCGGUAACCUUGCGAGUGCUGGGAAUGGAAUGGCUUUGCCUGGUGGGAGCCACCCUGGGAACGUUGCACUCUCAGGCGGGGUUGGCAACGGCACCAGUGCUUCCUCGAAUGCCACUGGAAGUGCUGGUCACAUAGUUGCAGGGGUGGCGGUGGCGGCAGCUGCAGCAUCGGGUCAUCUGCAACCUGCAGGCAGCACAUCGAGAUUUCGCGUUGUGAAAUUAGAUUCUAGUUCAGAGCCGUUUAAGAAAGGGCGAUGGACGUGCACAGAGUUCUACGACAAAGAGAAUCCUGGGCCAGUGGCAGAGGGAGCCACCGUGGCUAAAACAGUAGAUGUCCUCCUAGAAGUGACCUCAGAAAGGGAAAGUACCAGUGGGAGUUCUGUCAGCAGCACCCUCAGCCACUAUACAGAAAGUGUGGGAAGCGGGGAGAUGGGGGCCGCUCCUGGGGUGCAACAGCAAGCGUUUCAAGGCAUUGGGUCUCAGCAGAUGGACUUCAGCAGCGCUGGUGUUCCACCACUGUCGGCACCCGGCCUACCCCAGAGCGUUUCUCAGUCCCAGCUCUCUCAAGUCCAGCUUCAUCCUCAAGAUGUCAGCUACCCUUCGCAAAAGCAAGGGGUUCCCCCUCCAGCCUCGGCAGUUCCUGCUCCGGUGAACAUAGUUGCUGGCCAUCAGCCAACUCUGGCAUCACAACAGCUGCCUUUCACCCCGCCAGCCCAACCAGUCCCCACUGUUCCAGUUGCUCCACAGCCGCAACAGUUAUCUUUUGGGCAGGGGCAAGCUCAGCACCCAACAGCUCUGCCACCAAUGUCUAUGCAGAUGCCUCCAGGGCACGUGAAGCCAGGAACCCAAGCCCCGGUGCCGGACUACAGCCAACAGCCGCAGCAGCAGCAGAUGCUUCCAGCUUCGGCUUCUUCUCUGCAGCCUGGGACUGCAGUAGUAGGAACCGGGUCGACGGUGCCCAUCGCCCAGCCUCCAAAUACACAGCUUCCUGUCCAAGCACACAUUGCUGUGGCCCCUUCUCAGCCUGUUGCUCAGGUCCAACCCACAAUUCCCGCCGUGGGAGCUCCUGCUCCCAUGAUGAACGUUGGACAACAAGGAAGUGUAGCUCCUGUGGCCCAGCCACCGUCGGUUGCAAAUCAGAUUGGUCCUUCGGUGAUGCCCCAAAGUGCUGCUGCUGCUGCUGCUGCUCCUCCUCCACCCUCCCAAGCAGCUCCCUCAGUUCCGGCAGGGAUCGUUCAUCCAGGGUCCCAAGGCGCCCCACCGGGCCUUUCUCGGCCUUUGGGUAUUGCACCACAGAGUAGUUUGAUACCAAUGCAAACAGCAGAUCCUCUGGUUCAAGGAAUGACCCAGUUGCCUCCUGUCAGCCCAAUACCUUCUGUUAGUGCUACUCCUGUGCCAUGCCAUUCAGCUGCAAGUGGGCCCCCUGCGCCUAUGAGCCUGGCUCCUUCCAAGAACCUGGCACAGCCUUCAAGUAUGCAAAAUGGGAACUUGGUCCAAAACGUGUCUCAACCUGCCUUGAUUUCCACUAGCAUCAAUUUGCCUGGAGCCCCCAGCGUGCCACUGAACUCUUCCCAAUUCUCUGUGCAGUCCCUCGCUCAGUCAAUUACAACCCGAACUGAAGAUACCAAGCGCCCUACAGAAUCCACCUUGGUUGGCUUAACCCAGCCUUCUGGUGCUGAAGGCGGUGUUGGCGCCUCCUCAGUCCUAGCAGAUGGGAGCACUGUCUCCUCUCUUUUCCCCCUGAAGGUACUUCCGCUGGCAUCUCUCGAUGGUGAGGAAGACAGGUCAACUCUAUUUCUUUACAAGGAUAUGGGAGAUCUCAGAUUCCACCUGGACCAUCGCUUAACAGCCAGAACUCUCUUCUUCCAUUUCUGUGUUGAAAGGAAGUGUGGACAAAUUGCAGUCAGCAAUUUGUCACAGCGAUGACCAAGAUACUAAUCUAGAACUUGCCUGUGUUCUUCUGUCCCUAUAAUUAGGUACAUAUGUGCGCCCUCAGUGUUGGCAUUAUCUACAGUACCCAU